CCCACGAUGACUUCCGCGAGUGACAACGCGAAAUAAGUGACAAGUGUAAAUUCAAAGUUUUUGUGAGAAGUUAAAUUAAAUUAGUUCACACAUGUGUGAGAAGGGGGUUAAGGAGAAGAUGACCAACAUCACGCCGGAGACCCGGAUCAUGAUGAUGCGGUCUGUGGAUGGCAGGAGCAGCUAUAGGAGACAGAUCCUGGCAGCUCUCGCGGUGUCCCUCGGGCCGUUUUCAGCGGGACUCAGCAAGGGGUACAUGUCGCCAGCCAUCUCCUCCAUGCAGGAGCCUCGGACGGACGGGUUCCCGGUCAGCGACCAGCAGGCCAGCUGGGUGGCUAGCCUCAGUUUGUUGGGUGAGUCUAGAUUUUGA